GCGCAGGGAACAUGGCGGCGGCGGGUGUAGUGAGCGGGAAGGUUAUAUAUGAACAAGAAGGGGUGUAUAUUCACUCAUCUUGUGGAAAGACCAACGACCACGAUAGUUUCAUUUCAGGAAUAUUACGUGUUUUAGAAAAGGAUUCUGAAGUAAUAGUGGACUGGAGACCAUUAGAUGAUGCAUAUGAUUCUUCUAGUAUUCUCUAUGCUGGAAAGGACUCCAGUUCCGUUGUUGAAUGGACCCAGCCCCCAAAAGAAAGAGCUCAUCGAGGAUCGGAACAUCUGAACAGUUAUGAAGCAGAGUGGGACAUGGUUAAUACCGUUUCAUUUAAAAAGAAACCAAAUACCAAUGGAGAUGCUCCAAGUCAUAGAAAUGGGAAAAGCAAAUGGUCAUUCCUGUUCAGUUUGACAGACCUGAAAUCAAUCAAGCAAAACAAAGAGGGUAUGGGCUGGUCGUAUUUGGUAUUCUGUCUAAAAGAUGACGUCGUUCUCCCUGCUCUACACUUUCAUCAAGGAGAUAGCAAACUACUGAUUGACUCUCUUGAAAAAUAUGUGGUAUUGUGUGACUCUCCACAGGAUAAAAGAACACUUCUUGUCAAUUGUCAGAAUAAGAGUCUUUCACAAUCUUUUGAAAAUCUUCUCGAUGAACCAGCAUAUGGUUUAAUACAAGCAGGACUGCUAGACAGAAGAAAGCUGUUGUGGGCCAUUCACCACUGGAAAAAAAUUAAAAAGGAUCCUUAUACAGCAACUAUGGUAGGAUUUUCAAAAGUCACGAACUAUAUUUUUGAUAGUUUGAGAGGAAGUGAUCCUUCUACUCACCAACGACCACCUUCAGAAAUGGCGGAUUUUCUUAGUGAUGCUAUUUCAGGUCUAAAGAUAAAUCAGCAAGAAGAACCAGGAUUUGAAGUCAUCACAAGAAUUGAUUUGGGUGAAAGGCCUGUUGUUCAAAGGAGAGAGCCAGUGUCAUUGGAAGAAUGGACUAAGAAUAUUGACUCCGAAGGAAGAAUUUUAAAUGUGGAUAAUGUAAAGCAGAUGAUAUUUAGAGGGGGGCUUUGUCAUGCAUUGAGAAAACAAGCCUGGAAAUUUCUUCUGGGCUAUUUUCCUUGGGACAGUACCAAAGAUGAGAGAAUUCUAUUACAAAAACAAAAAACUGAUGAAUACUUCAGAAUGAAGCUGCAGUGGAAAUCUGUCAGCGAGGAGCAAGAGAAGAGAAAUUCAAGGUUAAGAGAUUAUAGAAGUCUUAUAGAAAAGGAUGUUAACAGAACAGAUCGAACGAACAAGUUUUAUGAAGGCCAAAAUAAUCCAGGGUUGAUUUUGCUUCAUGACAUUUUGAUGACCUAUUGUAUGUAUGAUUUUGAUUUAGGAUAUGUGCAAGGAAUGAGUGACUUGCUUUCCCCCCUUUUGUAUGUGAUGGAAAAUGAAGUGGAUGCCUUUUGGUGCUUUGCAUCUUACAUGGACCAAAUGCAUCAAAAUUUUGAAGAACAGAUGCAGGGCAUGAAAACCCAGCUGAUUCAACUAAGCACCUUACUUCGGUUGUUGGAUAGUGGAUUUUGCAGUUACUUAGAAUCUCAGGACUCUGGAUAUCUUUAUUUUUGCUUCAGGUGGCUUUUAAUCAGAUUUAAAAGAGAAUUCAGUUUUAUAGAUAUUCUUCGAUUAUGGGAGGUAAUGUGGACUGAACUACCAUGUAAGAAUUUCCACCUUCUUCUCUGUUGUGCAAUUUUGGAAUCAGAAAAGCAGCAAAUAAUGGAAAAGCAUUAUGGUUUUAAUGAAAUACUUAAGCAUAUCAAUGAAUUGUCCAUGAAAAUUGACGUAGAAGAUGUACUAUGUAAGGCAGAAGCAAUUUCACUACAGAUGGUAAAAUGCAAGGAAUUACCACAAGCACUGUGUGAGAUCCUGGGGCUUCAGGACAAUGCAGUUACAACACCAGAUUCAGACACAGGAGAAGAUGAAAAUGUUGGCAUGACUAGCUGUUCUACAUCUGCAUUUCACAAUGACCCCUUACCUGGACUUGAUACCAGUGAAUCCCAAGAUGCCAACACAACACAAUUAUCUGUGUCCCAAGAUGUCAGCAGGUUAACACCUGCAUGAGCAUUCUUUACAAUUUUUGAAGAGACACUUUGUUGCAACUAUUUUCAAGUACUUGAAAGGUGGAAAUUUGAGAUUUUGGUAUUGAUCAUGCUUUAAGGUUUAUGAAAAGAAAGUGUACUGUGAUGUUCUUGCAUUAAAGCUUUACAAAGAUUUAAACUAAUUAUUUUUGUAUUUACUUCUGCCAAAUAGCCUUUCCUUUUCAAUAACAUUCCUUAGUAUUUUUAUAGCUAAGUACAUUUUAUUUUCUUGCAGAUGAACUGGAAUUGGUUACUAUUACAAGUGGAUGAGUUGGAAAUUAUGCACUUUGAGAAACAUUCACUUUGUUUACUCUAAGCUUAGUGGGUUUUGAAUUUGAGUAAAAAUUGAGCUUUUCUGUAGCUUUCUAAGCUAAGAAUUAAGUUGUUAGCCAGUGACAAAAAAUAAAUAAAUAAAUAAAAGGAAUUAUUUUUCUCUGUUUACAGAAAUGCUCAGUUUAAGUAUUUAUGCUGGCUGGAUGUGAUUUAAAUUGGACAUUUUCAUCAAAGCAAUUUAAUGUCUAGAUAAAGAGCUAUUUCAGCCAUAAGUGGGUUGGCAGCAUAUUUUUUACAUUGAACUUUUCUUCACUUGUAUGUAAAGACUACAUAUAACUACUUAUUUAUGAAUAUAAGAAAGGAUAGGCAUAUUUUCUUUAACUGAGUAAACUUGAUUUAUAUAAUCUGAUUUGAUGAAAUUAAUACAUAGCUUCAAUAUGAGAUCUUUUUUCAAAACUAUUUUCUUAACCUAGCAUUUAUUUCAUGAGAAUAUAUUCAAUCCUGUGCCUGGUGUAAUUUUAAAAUUGACGGCUUGUAACGUUACUAAUAAUGUUUAUUAUAAUUCUAAAUAAUGCAUUAACUGAUUAAUCAGGCAUUUAAAAUUUUUAUAAAGUACUUUGAAAAAUACUUCUGUCAAAAAUUUCAAAUACUCUUUGUAUAUGAACAAAACUUGUUUUUACCAUGCAGUGCUGCAUGAUUUUAAGUUAUGUGGAAUUAAUAGGACUGAUUCCAUUUUAAUUGUAAUUUGUUAACCCCUGUAUAUAUCAUUAAAAUAAAUUUGAUGUUGAAG